AUGAGUGACAACCAGACUAAAGACACGUCCGGUCCGCUAGCUGAGACUCCACAAGGCUGGAACUGGUUAGGUCUAUCCCAGACAAUCCGUAAUAACAACACUGCCAAAUUAAACCGAUCUGCUUCCGUCCACAAUCAUCGCAAUACAGCGCCGUCGAAUAACAAGUCCAAACGACCAUUACUACAUAAUGAACUCUUAACUUAUACACAACUGAAGCAUACAAAACCCAAAACAAUAUUUACCGCCACCGAUCGCAAACAGUCUGUGAAAAUUAAUACUGAAGUGGUGGAAGAGUUCUCAGCACUGCGUAUCACGAAUCGAACCAUUUCAGCUGAAGUGCUACGCGAGGAAAUGGAAGGACGUAAGUUUAUUAAGCUGUCGCUGAUGGAUUGCGCACCCAAGGAGACAUUUACCAAUAAAGAGGUCGAUUGGGUAACAAUUGGCGUCCUGGUUAGAAAAACGCUGUCCAAACCAGCAACUAAUGGGUCGACAUUCAUGGUGUGGGCCUUGUCAGACUUAGAUGGGACGGAGUUGGGUAUUUUUCUCUUUGGUGACGCUUAUGUGACCCACUGGAAAGAAUCAACAGGAUCCAUCGUAGCAAUUUUAAACGCAACGCUUUUACCUGCUUCCGAGAAGAAUAAAUUUGCAUUUAAAGUAACUCAGCCGACGGAAAUUGUCACACUUGGAAAAGCGAUGGAUUUUGGUAUUUGUAAGGGAAAAACAUCAGGAGAAGCUCGUUGUCGUCUUGCAAUCAACAAGGCAAAGACUCAGUAUUGUUUGCAUCAUAUUGCUGUGAAUUUUAUGGAGGCUGGAAAAGGCCGACAACAGCUUAACAACUCGACGGGGUCUUUGCGCAAAUCAUUGUUUGCUGGGCUUUCAAAGCCGAAAAAUCUGUCGGCCGGUGUAUAUUCAUCAGCUUCUUCAAAUUCAGGCAAUUCACGAUGGGAUCAGAAUAUUUCAAGGAAACGCAAACGAAAUGACACAACCACUGGAGGUUUGAUUGUACCCACUGUUAUUGUGGCAUCGGGUGCUGUUGUGCAACAGAGAGAUAAGCAGUUUGAUCAUUUUGUCAAGGUUCGGGGCGAAAAUCAACAGAGUUCUUUAAGCUUAAUGGAUCAACUCCGACAACCACCUUCGUCAAUGAAGUCAAAGCGUGUGCGAUUGAUAGAAGGAUCAGCAUCUGCUAGGGUCCCCUCCAGCCGAGCUCAGAAAAUUGUGUCAGUUUGGCUCCGAUCCACUAUUUCCACUAUUCAGGUGCACUAA